CCUGGAACGUGCAGCGUGACGAUCGGCAGUGCUCUGUUUCCCUCGGACACAGCGGAUCAACGAUCCACGGAAAGAGCCGAAGAUGUCGGCUCGGUCAUGUGAUCAGCUGUGUCCAAUCACAGCUGAUCACAUCACUGAUGGUCAGUGUGACCUGAUGAUCUGUGUAGCCCCAGCAGCGCCACCAUCAGUGCCAGCUCUCAGUGCUCAUCUAUGCCACCUGCCAGUGCCCAUCAGUGCCACAUCAAUGCCACAUAUCAGUGCCCAUCUGAGCUGCCUUUCAGUGUCAGUGCCAGUCAGUGCCACCUAACAAUGCCAGUCAGUGCCACCUAUCAGUGCUGCCUAUCAGUG